CGGCAAAGUAGUCGGCGCACGAGUGACAUCAUCAAGACAGGGCCGAACCGCGUUGCUAAGUGACUGUUUACACUUCAGUCGGCUGCCUUGGCUUUUCUCGGAGCGUGGAGUCUGUACUAUAAAGGCGUUCUUGUAUCUUCCUGGCACCAUGCCAAAGAAAUCCCAGAAGAAGUCAGCCAAGCUGAGCAGCAUGACUGAGGAAGAACGGCUUCUCUACCUGCAGAAGAAGGCGCUGGCUGAAGAGGAGAUGAGCAAAAAAAAGGAGGAAAUGUUGACACAGUUCCUAAAGGACAAGCUUGCUAAAGAAGAACGGAACAGCAAACUUAAUCUGAACAAGCUCACUCAGCAGUGGCGUGUUCUUAUGAGGGAAGCAAAGGCACGAGAGCUAAAGAAGGACAUUGAGAUCUUGAGCCAGACAUUUGAGAGAGUUGUUGACCGUAAGGACAGUAUCAUCAAGUCUCUAGUUCAAGAUCUGGAAGAGGCGCAGGAUCAGUAUGCCAUGGCGAUAAGGGCCCACCUUCAUAACUUGGAUCAUCUAUUUGAGCUGCAAAGGGGACGGCUCCAUAGUCUAUGGGAGCUAUACUGCGCAGAGGAGGAAGAUCUGAAGAAACAGUUCAGUACAGAGAGGGAGUUGAUUAUCACCCAACACCAAACGGAGAUCUCCCGACUAGAAGAUAUAUGCUUUGCAAUGGAACUGAAUUAUACAGACCGGGAAAAUGAGCUCAGGCAAGAAUUCCACAGCACUCGAGAUGACAUCAAAAAUAAGAAUAUCGAAGAGAAACACUCUUUACGGAUUCUUUUGGAAGGCAGAGUUGAGGACCUUUGGCAGCAGUUUCAGCAGGCUCAGCGAAGUUACACUGAAGCUACUGAGGACCGCAGGAUUGCCUUUGAAACACUGAAAGCUAAAGAUGAGAAGAGUGCUAAAGAAAUUGAUAUGCAGAUGAAAAAAAUACAAAGGAUCCAGGACUCGAUUGCAGGUCUUCGUAACCAGAUGUCAACAAAUGCCCGGGAAAGCGAAGAACAAAUUCGAUGCUUGAAGGAGCAGAAGGAGAGGUUUCAGCAGCAAUCUGGAGGGGUCAAGGCUGAAAUGAACCAGAUUCGUGCCUCAGGGAAGAAACAACUGGUGCAGCUCACUCUACAGAGCAGUGCAACAGCAAAAAAGCUCAACCACAUAAUGAGCAAGGGGGAACGCAUUGUGAAGCUGGCGGACAUGUGUCGCAAAUUGGAAACAGAAGAGGAGAAAGUGUUGCCAUUUUAUAACUCCUCACUAGGUUUAGAAGAAAGAAGCCAGGUAGAAUCUGUGGCUGCACAGCCUGCUGUUGAACCACUGGCACAGGCAUUGAAGGACUAUGCAACAAUGGAAAAAUUCUGGCAACGUUACAACAAAGUCCAGUUGGACCAAUUAGCUCUGGACUGCGAGAAGAGAAGGCUGUUCCAGGAAAACUCCCAGCUUAGGCUUCUUCUCAAGCAGUACCUUGAUGGAAUCUCUGUGAGCGAUGAAAUUCUGACUGAGCUCAAUCCCCUGUUCAUUGUCAACCACCGCACAAAUGUCAGAGCAGAGCCGGUGGCCGUGCCUGUCAUAGAAAACAGGGUGGCAAGGCCAUCUCACAACAUCAUAGAGGCAGCACACAUUGUUCAGCGCACUAUUUAGAAGAGCGGGCACCCAGGGGAGGUGGGUGUCCUCACUAAUCUGAAUUGCUUGACUUUUCAUAGCUAUAUCUUGAAUUCUUAGAUUUUUUUUUUAAUUAAGAAUUCUUUCUGACCAGAUUGGUUUUGUCUUUUUUAACUCCUUGUCAUAUUUUAAUUCUAUGGUUAUACAGUACAUAACAGCAUCACCUGUCUCUUGGGCCAGAACAUCAGCUCUUUGUGCUGUAGCUGUUACAAUCAUGUGAAAUGGCACGCAAUGUGUGUCAAUCCAUUGAAUACACAUUUAAAGAACAUUAGCUGAUGCUUCUGCCUAAAGUGUCUUACAAGUCACAAGUGUACAUCCAUCCAUCUGCUUAUCCAGUUCAGUUUAUCAGGGAACAUGUGGCUACUGGGCAUAAUGUAGUAACAAGCCCCGAAAGGGGUGCCAGUCCAUCUCAGGGCACAUUUACUGAACAUAAGCACACCCACUCAUAUUUGGAUAGUUUAGCUUUUAAAUUUGAAUUCACUGUUGUAUACACAGCAUAGUGGGAUUCUUACUUGCAUGUCUCCCACAGACUAGUGAGAGUAAUACAGCACAAACAACAGUCAAUGAAUAUUACAGGUGUACAAUUAAUUAUAUCAUGAAAUAUAAGAAACAUACAACCUGCAUGUCUUGGGGACGUAGGAUGGUAACCCCACGAACAGCAGAAUAGCAGAAAGGUACAAACUCCACAUGGGCAGUACCCAGGACUGCCC